UCUCAGCGCGGGAGUCGGCGCGCGGCUUCCCGCCCCAGCGCGGGGCCGCAUGAAGACCAUGGACAAGCAGCGUCUGUUGGACGCCCGGUCCGGAGCGCGGUCUUACAUGGGAUCUCUGUGGCAGAAUGAGGCUGGCUGGAUUUCUGUGUCACGACCUGAGCUGGACUUGCCAUCCAUUGAGCUGAACGUGGAGAACAGUCACUACUGCCACUCCCAGAAGGGUCUUGGCAGCCGCUGUGACCCCGAGAAGGAGCGGGCGCGGCGCCAGCUCUAUGUGGCCUCUGCCAUCUGUCUGGUGUUCAUGAUUGGGGAAGUCGUUGGUGGGUACCUAGCACACAGCUUGGCAAUCAUGACUGAUGCAGCCCAUCUGCUCACUGACUUUGCCAGCAUGCUCAUCAGCCUCUUCUCUCUCUGGAUGUCCUCCCGGCCAGCCACCAAGACCAUGAACUUCGGCUGGCAGCGAGCUGAGAUCCUGGGAGCCCUGCUGUCUGUGCUGUCCAUCUGGGUGGUGACGGGGGUGCUGGUGUACCUGGCGACAGAGCGGCUAAUCUCCGGGAACUAUGAGAUCAAGGGGAAGACGAUGCUGAUAACAGCGGGCUGUGCCGUGGCCGUGAACAUCAUAAUGGGAUUGACUCUUCACCAGUCUAGCCAUGGACACAGCCACGGCCAAGGGCACGGACACAGCCACGGCCACGGCCAAGGGCACAGCCAAGACACCACCCAGCAGCAGGAGAACCCCAGUGUCCGAGCUGCCUUUAUCCAUGUGAUCGGAGACUUGCUGCAGAGUUUGGGGGUCCUGGUGGCAGCCUAUAUUUUAUACUUCAAGCCAGAGUACAAGUACGUAGACCCCAUCUGCACCUUCAUCUUCUCCAUCCUGGUCCUGGGGACAACCUUGACCAUCCUGAGAGAUGUGAUCCUGGUGCUAAUGGAAGGUACCCCCAAGGGCGUGGACUUCACAGCUGUGCGGGACCUGCUGCUGUCAGUGGAGGGGGUGGAAGCCUUGCACAGCCUGCAUAUCUGGGCACUGACUGUGACCCAGCCUGUGCUCUCUGUCCACAUCGCCAUUGCUCAGAACACAGAUGCCCAGGCUGUGCUGAAGGCAGCCAGCGCCCGCCUACAGGGGAAGUUCAACUUCCACACCAUGACCAUCCAGAUCGAGCACUACUCUGAGGACAUGAAGGACUGUCAGGCGUGCCAGGGCCCCUCGGACUGACGGCCUGACCAGGUGCCCACUGGAGCACGGACAGGACCUGCAGACGGUGGGGCCCCGUGUCCCCCAGGCCCAGCCAGGACUCUGUUUACCCUGACUG